CGUACUACAAAAAACUAUUUAACCCUCAUAAAAGGCAUAAACAGAACCACCAGGACAUACUUGGGCUGAGUCCCGCGGCUUCAAAGGUUUUCAAAAUGGCGCCCAAUUCGCCCGACCUAGUGAAGUUUCCGCGUACACCGCACCUUGCCAACCUGGGCGCCGCAACCCGCGAUGAUUUGGUGUUGACCGAGAGCGAUGCCCUUGCAAUUCUCGAUGCUGGAGUCGUGCUUGAGGAGAAAGUGGAUGGCGCGAACUUGGGGAUUUCCUUCCCAGAGCCCAAUGGUCCUGCUAGGUGUCAGAAGCGUGGUCACUGGAUCACGCCCGCAAGCGAGACACAGUUUGCCAAGCUGGAUGGAUGGCUGCAAUCACAUACAGAGGCCCUUCGUGCUGUUCUUGGCUGCCGUUACAUCCUGUACGGCGAGUGGGCAGCCGCCCGGCACAGUGUGCCGUACGACUGCCUGCCCGACUACUUUCUAUACUUUGAUGUGUAUGACAAGAUUGAGCGCAAGUUCUUGAGCUGUGAGCGACGUGAUGACCUGCUUCGCCCCACCGGCCUGCACCCCGUACCCGCCCUCGCCCUCCCCGCCGCCGCGCCGGCCGCCAACACCACCACCCCGACCAACAACACCGCACUCGCCGCCGCCGUCGCCGAUGCCACCAGCACUACCCCGCCCGUCCGCCGCCGUCGCACGGGGGUGCUGACCCCCGCGCAACCUUUCAGCGGCCCCGGAGCCCUUCAGCAGCUGACCCAGGUCGUGCUGGGUCUGCGCAGCGCGCUGUGCGUGCCGGGCUCUCAGCAGUGGGCUGAGGGCGUGUACCUGCGUCAGGAGCGAGAUGGCUGGUUGAUAACACGUGCCAAGCUUGUCAACCCUGCAUUCCAUGCGGCCAUUGAGGGGGCCGCCAGUGGCAGUGAGGACCAACAGGCGCCCACUGCAGCAGCCGGCACCCAAGGUAGCAGCCGCGGCAAGCGCGGCGGCGGAGCUGCUGCCGCCGCCACUGCCGACGCCACUGCCGCCGCGACUGCCAGCGGUGGCGGCACGCAUUGGAGCAAGCGCACCGUUGUUUGGAACACGCUUCGGCCUGACCUUUGGGCUGACGAUGUCAACGACGAAGGAGAGGAGGCGGAGGCAGUGCACGGCCGCGAUCCGGCGGAGCAGCAGAAGCCUGUGGCUGAAGCUGCCCGUCCCGCAGUUGCUUUCAACAGCCCCUCUAGAACUCGCGCCGCCACUCGCGAUACUGUGCAUACCGCCGUCGCCUCCGCCGCUGCCGCUACCGCAACGCCUUCCACCUCCAUCCCCCAGAGCCCUGCGGCCGCUUCUCGACGCACCGCAGCCGCCCCCGCCGCCGCCCCAGCAGCAUCAGCCGCCCCAGCAGCACCGGCUUCCCGCGCCGCCCCCAGCAGCAGCAGCGGCACCAGCAACAACGCCCGCACCAGCGGCAGCGGCUGCCGCCUGGCGCUGUGCUGCGGUGGCGCCUACGUUGCCCUGGUGGGCGCUGACGUGGAGGGCGCGGCGACGUGGGCGCUGGCCCAUGCCGACCUCGUGCCAAAGCACUUCGUCACCAGCAGGGUCCGCCGUGACGGCCGCGCCCACCACAUCACCCUCAUCACCCCGCCCGAGAUGUGUGAGCUGAGGGAGGCGUACGGCAUGACCCCGCGCGAGGUGUACGACAUGGUCUUGGGGGAGAUGGCAGCUACAGCCGGCAGCGACGGCGACAGCAGCAGUCCCGCAGCUCCUGCUGCUCCUGCUGCCCCUGCCACCAAACACGCGGAUACGGGUGACCAUGUGGGCUCCGCCGGCUCCGCUGCCGGCCCCGCCGCCGGCGCCUGGGUGCCGCUGGGACUGGGUCGCGCUCGCUGCGGUGAGAGCGGCGAUGAGGCGGUGUUUCUGGCAGUGGCCUGGCCGGCGGGCCGGGCGGUGCGGGAGGCCCUGGGCCUGAACCGCGCCCGCGAGCAGCAUUUCCACAUCACACUGGGCUUCGACCGCUCGGACGUGCACUCGCGGUCCAAGGGUCUGGAGGCGCUGCUGCAAGACGGCGGCUGCCCACUGGGGCUGGCGGCGGCCGCACACGGCGCCGAGGCGGCGGAGGCGAUGGCGCAGGCGGCGGCGGCAGCGGGUGCUGGCCGGUGUCCUGUGCACGAGCGCGCUGGCGUUCUCGUGAUGCACGCCCUGACACAGCUGGCCAUGACCGCGCCGCGUGGCAGUAGCAGCGGCGGCGCGGCCGGCAGUAGCAGCACCAUGUCGCCGGCGGUGCACACUGCCCUGUCCAACAUGCUGCAGGUGGCUCUGGCCUGGCUGCAGCCCGCGCUGGAUGCUACUGCCACUGCUACUGCCGCUGCUACUGCGGCUGGUGACGCAAGUAACGAUGAGGCCGAGGCUGAGCCGUACGGCUGCCACAUCGUGGCGGGCGCCGCGCACGUUGCCCUCGCCCGCCUCGCUGGGCGGUACGGCGAGUACGAGCAGGUGGACGAGCACGUACGGCAGGCGGAGGCUGUAGCCGCUGGGGCUGCAGCAGCGGCUGUAGCGGAUGUAGCAGCUCCCCGGGGGCACAGCGAUUUGGGCGCGGAUGCGCUGGCGGCUGCGGCGGCAUGCCUGGCGGGCAAGUCAUUGAGCCAGCAGGGCGCCUUUGCGGCGGCGGCCGCCGCAUUCGAGCGCGCCACCAUCGCCCGCAGCCGCAUGGGCCUGCCGCCGCCCUCCGAGCCGGCAGCGGUCUCGCUGUUGCCGCUGCUGCGCCGCGCGCUGGAGGCCUCCACACCUGAGGCCCCGGCGCUGCGCAGCGCAGCGGCCGCCUGCGCCCGCCGCCUUGCAAGGGAGCAGCAGCACCAUCAGCACCACCACCACCAGCAGCAGCAACAACAGCAGCAGGAGGAGGGUCAGACCAGCCAGGCGAGCGGCGGCGACGUCAGCGACCAGGACGACGCCGCGGCUGACGCCGCCUUCGCAGGGGCGCAGGAGCUCAACCCGCGUGAGCGCGCGGUGGUUCCCGGUGUGCUACUGCCCACCAGCCUGGCCGCCACAGCCUCAUCUGCUACAACCUUAUCUGCUACUGCCUCAUCUGCUACUGCCUCGGGCUCGGGGGCAGGGUUCGUGGCAGCCGACGUGACGCUGAUGCGCAACACCAGUUGGCUGGUCCCUGGCUGCCUAAUGGGCUCCAGCACACCCAAGCGCGCCGAGCAGGCGUGGGCGCUGGCGAGCAUGGGUGUGGGGCUGGUGGUGACGCUGACAGAAGAGGAGCCGCUGCCGCCCGCCUGGUUCGCAGCCUCCGUGACGCUGCGCGACGGCGCCGGUGUUGGUGCCGGUGGUGGCGAUGGCGGUGCCGCGGCAGGGGAGGAGGCUGGAGCAGAAGAGGCGCGCCAGCGCCAGCACCAGCGCGGCCGCCGCCCACCGGUGACCAACCUGUUUGUGCCGGUGCCAAACUACGAGCCGCCCAGUGAGCAGCAGAUGGAUGCCAUUCUUGACCGCAUUGAGCGCCACAUCACCCGCACCAACACCGCCAUCACCCGUGGCGGCAACCACCAGCAGUCCGCCGGCCGGGGUGUGCUAGUGCACUGCGGCGGCGGCAAGGGCCGCGCUGGCACCGUUCUUUCCUGUUACCUGGUCAAACAUGGUCAGGAUCCGCCACCGGCACAUGCUGCUGCUGGUGCCAAUGCUGCUGCUGCCGCUGCUACUGCCGUGCCCCAGCAGCCGGUCAUGUCCGCGGACGCGGCUGUGCGGCUAAUUCGGCAGCUGCGGCCGGGCAGCAUCGAGACGGAGCAGCAGCGGCAUUUUGUGGGGCGUUACGCCGACCUGCUGUGGCGGCGCUACGACCAGGCUGUAGCAGCUGGCGGCGCCGCCGCGGGCGAUGACGAGGCAGGAGCCGAUGGCGGCGGCAGUAGCAUGUCUGGCGGCGCGGGAGCGGGCGCAGGAGCGGGUGCAGGCGCAGGACCUAGCACCAGGGGCGCUGCUGCGUCGAUUCGGGCUGCGUCGACAUUGACAACAACCCCGGCCGCGGGCGCGGGCGCAGCAGCAGGUGCCUCGGCCGCCGGCUCCCGUCAGCGACCAGCGGCGCCGCAGCCACAGGCUCCUCAGCCACAGCUGGCCUCAAAGCGGGCCUCGCAGCCUCCUCAGCCGCCGCAGCCACCGCAGCAGCCACAGGCUCCUCAGCAGCCGCAGCCUCCGCCGCUGCUGCUGCCGGGCGGCAACUACCCCUCCACGCCGCACCUGCCGUUCAGCCCACAGGUUGCGGCGGACGACAGCCAGAUGGACGCCGCCGCAUGCCGGAGCGCGCUGCUGCACGUGCCGCUGGUGGUCACAGAGAAGCUGGACGGCGGCAACUGCUGCAUCGCCCGGAGCCCGGAGGGCGCGGGCGGGCAGCCGGGCGCAGUGGUGGUGUAUGCGCGCACGCACAAGCACCCUGCCACGCACCCCAGCUUCGGCCCCAUCAAGGCGUUGGCGGCUGCGGGUGGGCUGUUAGAUCAACGCCUGCCGCCCGGCGUCAUGCUGUUUGGGGAGAACAUGACGGCAGUCCACUCCAUCACCUACGCGCGCGUGCCAGCGCACUUCUUCCUGUUCGGCGUGUGGGACGGCCGCGCCCAGGCCUGGUGUAGCUGGCCUCAGGUGAAGGCAUGGGCGGCCGAUCUGGAGCUACACACAGUGCCGGUGGUGCACAAUGGCAGCUUCCCCUCCCUGGAAGCGAUGGAGCGGACCCUGAGCACCCUGGCCGCGCAGCCCAGCGCCUUGGACGGCGUGUCGCCACGCGAGGGCUUCGUGGUUCGCCGCGCCGCUGCCUUCGCCGCGCAAGGCUUCGAGCGAUCCGUGGCCAAGUACGUGCGGGCCGGCCACCUGCAGACGGAGUCGGGCUGGCGGCGGACGUGGAAGGCCGCGAACGUGAGGCAGGAGCCGCCAGCAGCGGUGGAUCCUGAGGAGGAGGCGGCGGAGGCGGAGGCGGAGGCGGAGGAGGAGGCGGCGGAGGCGGAGGCGGACGCAGAUGCGGCGGAGGAGGCGGAGGCGGAGGAGGCUGCGGCGGAGGCGGAGGCGGAGGUGGAGGAGGCGGAGGAGGAGGUGGCGGAGGCGGAGGAGGCGGAGGCGGAGGCGGAGGAGGAGGCGGAGGAGGCGGAGGCGGCGGUGGGAGCGGAGGUGGCGGAGGCGGCAGAGGUUGCAGGGGCGCGAGAGGAUGUGGGUGAGGCGGCGGGUGCGGAGCAGGGGCAGGCAGCAAGGCGUGAAGGAGGGGGCCUGACUGCGCCGUCGCUCACCCUGCGCAACACGGCGAGCGGCAGCCCGCCGCCGCGCCGACAGUCGCCGCCGCCUCAACCCCAGCUUCCUCAGGCCCAGCCGCCGACCCCUGCAUCAUCCUCCUCCCCGCCGCCGCGUCAGCAGGGGCAGAAGCCGCAGCAGGCUCAGCACGAGCCGCCGCCGCAGCGCCAUAAGGGCCGCUCCGCUGGCGGCGCCGGCUCUUCGGCCGCGCCUUCCUCGUCGCUGCCCCGCCUUGUGGUGCUGGUGGGUCUGCCGGGCAGCGGCAAGAGCACCUUCUCGCAGGCGCUGGAGGCCAGUGGCAGGUGGAGCCGCAUCAGCCAGGACGACUGCGGCAGCCGCGGCGCGGCGGAGGGAGCGUUCGGGGCGGCCAUGCUUCGCGGCCCCGGCGGCGGCUGGAAGGCGCACGUGGUGCUGGACCGGUGCAGCCCGGACGCGGCGGACCGCAAGGCCUGGCUGCAGCUGGCGCUUGUGGGGAAGCGGGACAAGGGUGUGGUGGCUGUGCACUUUGACGUGCCGGCGCCGGUGUGCAAGGCGCGUGUGGCAGCCCGCGUGGACCACCCCACCAUUCCCCACGGUCGAGGGGGGCGCAUUGUGGACUCCUUCGCCGCACGCAUGGAGCCGCCCACCACAGCGGAGGGCUUCGAACGCGUGUACACGGUGCGCAAUGAGGAGGAGGCGGAGGCUUUGCUUGCGGCCUGGGGCGCGGCGGGGCUCAUGCGCAUUGACACGCCGCCCCCGCCGCCGCCGCGGCGGCUGCAGCCAUGGGAAAAGGGCUAUGUGGAGGAGGCGGAGGAGGCGGAGGAGCAGCUGAUGUAAGCCAGGAAGGAGGGGGUGAAGAUUGAGGCGGAAGAGGGUGCGCCUGAGAUUCAUGGGUUGAAUUGAGGAAGAAAGGGAGUGGAUUCGGGUUGGUCUGUGGACGUGGGAUUGUGGGUGAGGGCGGAAGUAGAGCAUGGAGAUGUGGUUGCCCGACAGCUCCAUGCACGUGGAAAGGCAAUUGCCAUCGACUUUUCCGCGGCCUUGUAACCUGCCAAAUAAAGAACCACAUUGCAGCAUGAUUGCUGAUUUGCUGGCGCAAUGAGGGGCGAUGACAGUGUGCGCGAGACGCAAGCACGACGCCUCAGGGGCAUGCACUCAGCCAUGCGUGCCAGCGGUGAUGGGCAUGGAUAGUUGCAGCACACACCAGCAGAGGAGUGUUCAGGGUACGUCGCU